CUUUAUUGCUUGAUAGUGUCCGCUGCUGUCUGUUAUCUGGGCGUACAUUCCAGGCCCUGCAUAUCCACCGCUGAAAGCUUUUCAUUCUGCAAUGCGCCUCCAAACUCUGGUCCCCUCGCCUCCCCAGACCCUGCUCGACGCGUUGGCGCAGGUCGGAAUCCGCACAGACACGGAUCUGCUCUUCUCAGCGACCCCUGUCGACAUCUUCAGAAAGCUUCCAUCCGGUACUCUGAGUCUACAUGAUUUUCACUCAUUCGUCGCGCAAGUAACGCGACAAGCGGCGGCACCAGCCGUCUGCGGAGACGUGCUCUUCGAACAAGGGAAGAGAAGAGAAGAGAGCGAUCUGUACAGUGAGCCCACUACGGGGGUGCGACAGCUUGACCAGCUGCUGGGCGGACUUGCACCUCCGCGCGUCAUUGAGGUCUCGGGAGACAGAGGGUCCGGCAAUCCUUUGCGCUCAGUCGUGUUGCGACAUCUUUCUUCUGACCACAACCUCGGAGCGCUGUGGAUCGAUACCACAGGGGAGUUCUCUGCCGACCGUAUACCUCCUCUUCUCGAGUCCUAUGAGGGCUGUGCGGUGUCUACUACUCUAGAACGGCUACAAGUCGCGCUCGCCUUCGACAUCGAGACAGCCCAAGACGUGUUAGAAAUGAUUCGGACGACCCUGAGCACACAUCCCGACGCUCCGCCCGUCGUGCGCUGCGUAGUUGUAGACACUGUCACCGCACUACUCAGUCCCCUACUGAGCGCGGUUUCCUCCCAAGGCCAUGCCAUCAUGACCACAUUCAUGCGCCAGCUCCAAACCCUCGCCCAAUCCUUCUCCCUGACCAUCCUCGUGAGUCCAUCUGGUUUCCCGGGCACCAUCCGACCAAUCACCUCCCUCCUCGCAGGUAUCAACUCGUCUACACGGUGCACGCCUCGCAACCCCGACUCCGUCUUCGCCACAACCGACAGAAAGCCCGCGCUCGGGCCGUCAUUCACUUUCCUGACAGAUACGACGCUCUGGCUCGCAAGACACGACACCGCUGAAGACGGGAGUGCGACGCACGUCGCGGAAAUCUUCCGAUCAAGGAUGGUAGUGCGUCUCUCCACAGUGGAUGUGUCCUAUUCAGUUGGGCUGACAUCGAUGUAG